GGCAGUGGCGACAGCGGCGGUGAGAGGAUGAACAACAAGUUCGACGCCUUGAAAGAUGAUGACAGUGGGGACCAUGAUCAGAAUGAAGAAAACAGCACACAGAAAGAUGGUGAGAAGGAAAAAACAGAACGAGACAAGAAUCAGAACAGCAGCAAAAGGAAGGCUGUUGUCCCUGGACCAGCAGAGCACCCCCUGCAGUACAACUACACAUUCUGGUAUUCCAGGAGAACCCCCGGCCGUCCUACCAGCUCACAAAGCUAUGAACAGAAUAUCAAACAGAUUGGCACCUUUGCCUCUGUGGAGCAGUUCUGGAGGUUUUAUAGCCACAUGGUACGUCCCGGGGACCUGACAGGCCACAGUGACUUCCAUCUCUUCAAAGAAGGAAUUAAACCCAUGUGGGAGGAUGAUGCAAAUAAAAAUGGUGGCAAGUGGAUUAUUCGGUUGCGAAAGGGCUUGGCCUCCCGUUGCUGGGAGAAUCUCAUCCUGGCCAUGUUGGGGGAACAGUUCAUGGUGGGAGAGGAGAUCUGUGGGGCUGUGGUCUCUGUCCGCUUUCAGGAGGACAUUAUUUCAAUAUGGAAUAAGACUGCCAGCGACCAAGCAACCACAGCCCGAAUCCGGGAUACACUUCGGCGAGUGCUUAACCUACCUCCCAACACCAUUAUGGAAUACAAAACUCACACCGACAGCAUCAACUCGGGGCCUGUAGCCCAAGCGGCUAAGGUGCCAGCCAUAAACACCAGAACUGGCAGGUUCAAAUCCAGCCCGGGCCUGCCAAACAACAAUGACAACUACAACCAAAAAAAAAAAAAAAAAAGCCGGAUGUUGUGGCAGGCACCUGUAGUCCCAGCUGUGUGGGAGGCUGAGGCAAGAGAAUCGCUUGAGCCCAGGAGUUGGAGGUUGCUGUGAGUUGUGAUGCUGCGGCACUCUACCCAUGGUGACAGCUUGAGGCUCUGUCUCAAAAUAAAUAAAUAAAAAUUUAAUUUGCUUUUUCUUUUUAAUUAAAUCAUAGCUGUGUUGAUUUGCUUUUAAAAGAACAAAAGCUCACUAAAAAAAUAAUAAUCUCUUGUAGCCUCUGCACUUCGUGUCUACAAUCUCCCUUUUCUUGUCUCCCAAUCUCUCUCUGCAUUGCAGUCUGGGGUGAGGGAUGUAAUUGUUCCCAGCUGAUUUGAGGUGAACACAUUCCUCAGACUCAAUUUGGUACUAAGUUGUCUCAGCCCACUUUUUAAAAAAAGGCUGGACCAAAGCCAUACGGCCUCAUUGCCACCAGCCUGCUUUAGCCUGUCACUGUUAAGAAUAGGCUACCCUCUUCGUUUUCCUGUUAAAUCAAACAGUGGAAAAACUCAGCUAGACUCUCCUGGCUCUUCUCUUCCCCAUUUCCAUUUUGCAAAUGGACCUUAGAAUGAUAGAACUUCUUAGAUUUUUCUGGCUGUAAAAAGAUCUAUAAUAAUAAUUAGAAUAAAUAUUAAAUAUCUGAAUGAGAAAGUGUUACAGAACUCUUCCAUUUACUUGCCACAGAGAGGGGAAUUUACUCCUAACUCAACUCCAGCAUAGUAGAGGAAUUCUCCCAAAAGAUAAGAUGACUGCGUGUAAUGAGGAUUGUCUUGAAAAUUCUCUGUAUAUCACUGAACAGCUAAAAGAGCUGAAUCCAGAGACUUAUUUGCCUGCUAUCUCCCCUACUCCAAGACAGCUAAUUCUCUCAGAAUUAUUAUUGGGAAGUUCUCUGAUUCUUCCUUCCCACACUCCCACCCUUGUUUACACUCUUCCAGUAAGAAGACCAGAAUCCCUCCCAAUAGCUGUCUGUUCUCCAGUGGCUAUAUUCACAUAAGGAUGGCAUUAAAAGGAAAGAAAUGGAAGAGAUGGCUCUGUUACUGGGUAAUGACUUUCUUUAGUAUUAGGUGUAGGUAUGAGAGGUGUUUUCUAUAAUGCAGUCUAGUAACAGAGCCUAUUAUUCCUCUCAGAAAUAACUCACAUAACAGUUAGGCUUGCUUUUCUCUGUGUGAUGACCAGAUAUGUUCCUUAUCCUUUUUUUUUAAAGAGAUGAGGUCUCUCUCUGUUACCUAGCCUCCAACUCCCAGGCUCAAGCUGUCCUCCCACUUCACCCUCCCAAGUAGCUGGGACCACAGGCCUGGCUUGUGCCUUAUCCUUUGCUGCUUGCAGUACCUCAGAGGGAUCUGUCGUUUUGAAAGUUUUUUUUAAAAAGAUGACCACUCCGUCAAUGUUGUGUUCAGCUCCUUAUAUGAAAAUAGUUGGAUGAGGGCGGUGCCUGUGGCUCAAGGAAUAGGGUGCUGGCCUCAUAUACCCCCCGUAUAGGAGUGGUGGGUUCAAACCCAACCCUGGCCAAAAAAUCUGCAAAAAAAAGAAAGAAAGAAAAUAGUCGAUGAACUACAUGCAUAUCAGUUAUAAAAAUGCCAACAGACUUUUGAGAUAACAUCUGUUUCUUCCCAACCCAAGUUCACGUCCACUAGCUCCAGUUUCUCCUUGGUACUUGUUCACGGUCUCUUCAUAUAGUGGGGGCUGUUAGUUGCUGUCGGCUUGCUGCCUAUAACAGGAGAAGACUGGGCUGAGCAUAUUCUUUCUUCAGUAUUUAUUCUGGGCCAGUUGCCAUAUGCCCAGUUUAUUAUAACAGUUUUAGGAUGCGUCAGUUAAAGACAGAGCUUCUAGAUAAAAUUA